CUAAUUCCUUCACAGUUCAGAUGAGAGUGAUAAAGAGGCCCGAAGUACGAACCAGUCGAACGCUUUUGGCGCCAUUUUUCGUCGCAUAGAGAGCAGAAACCCCCUCGUCUCACUGUUGGGAGUUGCACUUGAGUAACGCUAUAUAUGGGAGACUCUUUCACAAUUCAGAUAAGCUCCGACUUAGUCAACCGACUUGUUGCUGAUGGAGACAAGGUGAAAAAGAAAACCAAAAAACCUAAACAUAAAAUACCACAUGGCCAUGACCAGUCACAGAACAAGGAACAUCAGAAGCAGACUCCCGGUAUUUCUGGGACACAAAGGGGUGCAGGUGCUGCUGGAUGGCCACUCCAGCCCCCUGUGUUCAUUCCUGUAGGCCCUCCACCCACAGUUGCAAAUGCAGAGGUGGUUGCAAUCCAAUCAAUCCUUAAAGAGAGUGAGAGAGUGGUGGAAAGGUUGCAGAAGCAGGAGGAAAACAUGGUGCAAGAAGUAACACAAAGAGCCAAAGAACUCCAUGAUAAAGAGUUCAAGCUUCCCUACCAGAAGCCUAUGCCUUGUUUAGCUGAGAAAGAUGCUUGCUUGGAAUGUUACAAGGAAAACGCAAAGGAUCCUCUCAAAUGUGCCACUGUUGUGAAAACGUUUGUAGACUGUGCUCGCAGAGAGAGACAGCAGGUGAGCUCAGCACUUGAUUGAUGGCCUUUUGGAAUUUUAAUUUUACUGGAAGCUAUAUGCAUUUACUUCCCCAAGUGUUAUCCACUACCAGUUUGAUGAAGGCUAAGAGUUGCCUCAUGCUAAUAAUGUUAAUAUUACUCGAUUCUUCCCAUUUUUGUGCUUAAUCAUGUAUCCUCACAUUAUCAUUUGAAAAGGACAUGAAAACUUGGUUUAUCUUAUUGGCUUUAUU